AAGAAGAAACAAGACGACAAAGGAUAGAUGAACUUGAUAUUGAAAAUCACAGGCUUCAACAACUAUUAAAUUCCUCUUUGUCUCAAGUAAAUAAUUUAUCUAACGAAAUUUGUUAUUUAUCUUCCCGUUUAUCUCGUAAUAGACGUCGAUAUCAAGACCUUGAAGUAGAAUAUGAGAGCCUUCUCUUUCAAUACAAUUAUGCAAGAGCUGAUGUUAAUCGCCUCCAAAGUUAUGAAGAUAUUCAAUCAGUUCAAAAUCUCCAGAAUAAUUUAGACCAAAUCUGA